AAACAAUACAUGUACAUCAAAAGAAUCAUGCGCCAUGCGUAAAAAGCUUGCGGACUCCUCGUUCCUCUCCAGAGAAAAACAGGGGAGUGGAAGAAAAACUCUUGGAUUACCAGACCAUACAACAGAAAGAAUUCCAUUAAGCAAUGAUGUCGAGUCCGACACACUUUCAAAGUUUUCUACUGAUACUACCAACAGUCUUUGGACAGAUGCACCUUCCAAACACAGGUAUGCAACCUCUGCAACAGUUGGAAGCCUGUAGCUGUCAGAUUCGCUGUUGUGCGGAACACACCUCCCCUCGCCGCCUGCCACCAUACACAAACCAGCCACACGUCUACCACGAGUCUUGCUGUGGCUGUGUCUAUUGUCCUUCCUUCAUUGGCCCAGGUCCUUUUUUUCCGGUGGGAUUGCCAAUGCUGACCCCUCUAGCAUCUAUUCAAAUGGCAAUAUCCGCACAACCUUAUGAGGUGCCGGAUGCCCCUGACCAGCCUGAUGUACCGGAUGUUCCAGAUGUACAGGAUGUUCCAGACGUACCCGAACUAAUUUUACCAGAUCCACCGGAAAUUAAAAGCCCAGAAAUCAAAGGCCCCGAGGAAGUUGAGCAAGACAGUGCAGAAUCAUAAAUCUUUCGAGAUUUCACUUCAGAGGAGCAGCUAAUGACUGGUGCUAAAUAUUUAAUUAGGAGUCUGUAUUACAACGCACUUCUAAAAAUUACACAAUUUCAAAAAAGGCGUUAAUUUUGGGACCAAGUCAAAGAUUUUAAAAAAAGACAAUUUUUGUUAUUUCAAAGUGCGUUGAUAUCGUCAAUAUUAACGCACUUUGAAAGAAAAUUGCUCGGUUUUAAUCGAAAUACUUUAUAUACAACAAUGGCGCCGCAAAGCGAAGCAUCCCCUCGCUAAAUGAAAUAUUGUGGGGGAUGCAUAUUUAGGAUAUACAUGUAAUUGAAGAGACCAAUUAUUUAUCUUCUUAAAACCUCUUUGAAUUAAAACAUUUUCCCUUGCACGCUCUAUGGUGUAUCCAAGGGGGAUGUUAUAUUUACGUGAUUGUACAAUUCCUCUCAAUUCUAGCGAAAAUAAAACACGG